UACAAUUUUGAUUAUUCACUAAAACCUUUAUUUUCAACCGAAAUAAAUCACUGCCACCAGCCAAUAUUUCAUAUUAAAUAUAUUCUUCAAUAAAUUUAAAGUUGCAAUAAAAAUUAAGUGCACUGCAAAAAAGUGUAAAUGAUAAUGACUCGAAUACCCUCUAUAAAAGCCGAAACCACUGACCAAAAAUUUAGAUAACAACUUACAUUCGUCUCAUAACGAUCUAAAUAAAGAUUUUUAAAUAAAAUCAACAAAAAUGAAAUCCUUCAUUGUUUUCACCGCACUCCUGGCCUGCACCGCCGCUGCACCCGGCCUGCUCCUCCACGAAACCCCAGUGGUAGCUGCUGUCCAUACUCCAGUUAUCCACACUGUCCCCAUCGUGGCCGCUAAGACCACUGUGACCAAGAGCAGCCAAGUUGUCAACCAUGGUUCCACUCUGGUACAUUCCGCCCCUGUGGUCCAUGCCGCACCCGUGGUUCAUGCCGCACACGUGGUCCAUGCCGCACCCGUGGUCCACACUGUCACUGCCCCAGUUGUCCACACGGUCCCAAUCGUCCACACCGCUCCUGUAGUUGUGAAGACCGCCCCCGCUGCCAUCGCUCACAGUUCCUCCGUGGUGCACCACCACACUCCCAUCGUCAAGACUUUGCCCCUGAUCGCUGUUCAUCAUUGAUUUUUCAAAAAUAAAUUAUAAUUGACCCCAUUA